AUGGAAACGAAGAUAGAACCGAGGAUGGGGCGUGGAUGGGAGCGAGAAUGGGGCGUGGAUGGGAGCGAAGAUGGGGCGUGGAUGGGAGCCAAGUUGAGGAGUGUAUGGAAGCGAGGAUGGGGCGUAGAUGGGAGCGAGGAAGAGGCGUGGAUGGAAGCGAGGAUAUGCGCUAGGAUGGGGAGAGAAUUGGACGUGGAUGUGAGCGAGGAUGGGCGUGAGCAUGGAGGUAUCGCUCAUUUCCUGCUCAGUCGCCUUUGCGUGUCUCCUAUGCCAUCAGAAUAG